GGGGCUGCGGGGCUGGCGCUGCACUGCACUGCGGAGCCGCCCGCUGCCGCCCCGCCCCGCCCCACCUCCGCGCUGCCAGCCCGCAACCGGCACGGGGAGCGGCGGGAGCAGUGCCACCGGGAUGCGGCGGGGACCGACACCGGCCGCGGGGCUGGGGCCGCGGCGGCUGCUGCUGCUGGCGGCCGCGCUGGCAGCUCCGUGCUGCGCCGCGGCGGGGGAUGGCGGGCGGCGGCGGGCCGCCAGCCUGGGCGAGAUGCUGCGGGAGGUGGAGGCUUUGAUGGAGGACACACAGCACAAGCUGCGCAACGCCGUGCAGGAGAUGGAAGCUGAAGAGGAAGGGGCAAAAAAACUCUCAGAAGUAAAGUUUGAAAACUUGCCUCCCACCUACCAUAACGAGUCCAAUACAGAAACCAGAAUUGGUAAUAAAACUGUUCAGACUCAUCAAGAAAUUGAUAAGGUUACUGAUAACAAAACUGGAUCAACAAUUUAUUCUGAGACAGUUAUUACGUCUAUAAAAGAUGAAGAAAACAAAAGAAAUCAUGAGUGUAUCAUUGAUGAAGACUGUGAAACAGGAAAAUAUUGCCAGUUCUCCACUUUUGAAUACAAGUGUCAGCUCUGUAAAACCCAACAUAAACAUUGCUCACGGGAUGUUGAAUGCUGUGGAGACCAGCUUUGCGUUUGGGGUGUGUGCAGGAAAGCCACUUCAAAAGGAGAGAAUGGCACUAUUUGUGAGAACCAACAAGACUGCAACCCAGGAAUGUGCUGUGCUUUUCAGAAAGAAUUGCUAUUUCCUGUGUGCACUCCAUUACCUGAAGAAGGUGAACCCUGCCAUGAUCCUUCAAACAGACUUCUCAACCUGAUCACCUGGGAACUGGAACCUGAUGGCGUACUUGAGCAAUGUCCAUGUGCAAGUGGCUUGAUCUGCCAACCUCACAGCCACGGUACUACAUCUGUGUGUGAACUGUCCUCCAAUGAAACCAGAAAUAAUGAAAAAGAAGAUCCCUUAAUCAUGGAUGAGAUGCCAUUUCUGAGUUUGAUACCCAGAGAUAUUCUUUCUGAUUAUGAAGAGAGCAGUGUCAUUCAGGAAGUACGUAAAGAAUUAGAAAGUCUGGAGGACCAAGUUGGUUUGAAGUCCGAGCCUGACUCAGCUCAUGACCCAUUUUUUGGAGAUGAGAUAUAAAGUCCAAACUCCAGUUUAGUUAUUUCUAGAAUUUUUUGUCUAGUGUCUUGCUUAUUUGAACCCUAAAUACAUACUGCUGGAUAGAAGUGCAAUAAACAUCAUCUUCAUUAAGCAUCCUUUUCUGUGCAAA